GUUGGGGUGAGGAGAUGUGGGGGAGUCGAGAGGAACGGGGGGGCGGCGAGGACGGAGGUGAGGCAGAGCAGUGGAAAGGGUGAGGUGAACGAGAGAAGGGAGGGGGGUCGCCGCCGCGUCGCCAGUCGUCAGUUUGCCGUGAGCGCCUGUGAUGCGAGGACGUUCUAUGACUUUGUCCAAGAGCGUCACGCUCUCUCAGCUGUCGCAGUAACCGGGGAUUUUCUUGUUCGUAGAUUUCGCGUUCACCGGUGUCCGCAGACGACCUUCGAGGACUAUCGUGUGCCGAGUGUGCGGAUCAGUUGAAACUCGCGGCGUGCGCGGGCACGCGACUUGUGCACGCGAUUUCAUUCCUGUUGUUUACCCGCUCGGUGUUUACGGCGUGGUCUUCACCCGUAGGGUGCCGUGUUAAAGAGUCCCCUUUGUGAUGCCCGAACGCUCGGACCCGCCAGCUGAUCACGAUUCCGCCGGUGUUACGUUGGCUCGAUGGACUUUAUAGAGACAGCAGCUCCGUGGUGCAUCACGUACGUGAACGGAACACCGGAUCGGUCUUCGGAAGAGCGGAUCGGUCGUCGAAGGUAGAGUUUUCGUGCGGGCUCGCCGCCCUUCUUUCACUCGCGCUCGACAUCCACAUCGACACCUGCGGCAACCGCGGGAAUUUUAUCGCAACGGUUUGCGGCGCCGCUACGUGGUGUUGUUGCGCGCGGGCUUAAAGUUCGCGGAUCGUGCGCGAGACAAGGACAGACCGCGACGCGCGUUGUGUACGACCGUUCAAUCGGAGUGUUGGAGAACUCUUGGCCAAGUUUGUGAGCGUGGACGAAAUUAUACGAAACCUAUCGCGUCUCCUUAUCAGCGAGGACAGUUUUAAAAGAGGAGCACCGACUUUUGUCACGACGCUUUCGGGGGUGCGAGAGGAGAAUCAGGGAAAACUUGAUAGCCGGCACCGGCAGAGAAACAGAAACGCACUCGCUCCACGAGGAGAAGAAAGACACGCGGCGCAUCGGGACUGAAUAUGUCCGCCAAGCGAAAGGCCACUGCCAUCAUGCAGCACCACAAGGAAAACAUUUCGACCCCGGAGCCAGCCGACAUAUCCGAGGAGGAUCACUACUCGAGCGCGCUCAUGAAAGACGCGGAUAAGCUGAAGCUGAUGCUGCUCGCGUGGAAUUAUAAUCUUCAACAGCAGGCUCAGGCUCAGGCCCAGGCCCAGGUACAGGCCCAGGCCGCCAACGCGGCCCUCUCGCCAAAUAACUCCUCGACAACCACGGCCACCACCGUUGGCACACCUGUCACCAGCCAAUCGGCCAUAUCCACGGCAAACAACACCAUUAACAACUCCACACUUACAGACUCUCGAAACGGUUCGACGGAGCUGGUCGACAUGCCCGCCGGAACAGUACCAAAUUUGGGAGCGGUUGCCGGGGUAGGCAGCGAGGACAUGGCAUCCUUAUGGGCCUCUUACGCCAUGGGCUUGAAGAAGACGCCGCCACCAGCGUCAUCAGCGACGCCCUCGCGAUCCGAUCGCGAUCGCGAAUCCAGCCCGACAGGAGGCGAAGGCACCGGCAGUGCCCACGACGAAACCAGCAGCAGCGGAAACAAAGAGGACGAGGAUGACGACGAUGAAGACGCCGACGAGAGGUUGGACCCCAGACACCACGACCCCGAACGUCAGAAGGCUUUCAACAUGUUCGUCAGGCUGUUCGUCGACGAGAACCUGGACCGUAUAGUGCCCAUCUCUAAACAACCCAAGGAGAAGAUACAGGCAAUUAUCGACAGUUGCACCAGGCAGUUCCCGGAGUUCGCUGAGAGGGCCAGGAAGAGGAUCAGAACGUACCUGAAGAGCUGCAGGAGAAACAAACGGGGCAGGGAGGGCGCACCCUGGGAUGCGGCGAGGCCCACUCCGGCACACUUGACCUCCGUGCAGGCUGAGCAAAUUUUGGCAACAGCCUGCGAAAAUGAGAGCGACAACGCGAAACGCAUGAGACUCGGUCUGGAGCCCGUCUCACAGCCCAUGCCAACUCUUCCGGCCGCAACGCAAACGGAUGUCCGGUCAAGUUUAGAGCAUUUCUCGAGUACACCAGUGAAAUCUCUUCCGGGGAAGAGGGAGGACACACCACCGGCAUCGCUAACGUCCCUGGCGCCGCUAACCAGUUUGGCGAACUUGCCGAGUAGCACCCUCUCUUCUACACCCCUGUCUCUUGCACCCGCGUCCAAACUGCUCACACCGGCGGACAACAAGGGUCUCAUGAGGACCAACGGAUCUAAGCAUGAAGAACACGAAGCCGCUGUUGAGUCACAAACUGAACGCGACGGAAAUGACAGCCGUGAGGCAAUUGAUCACCGGAUAUCGAGAGUCCGCAGCGUUCCUGUUGAGGUCCGCCGACGAAUUAGAGCAACUGUUGCUGCAGCAACCAUAGAGCUACGUGUACGUAGCGAGUGGUCAACAGCUCGGCUCAUAAGGUCUCCGACGAGGCUGAAAACCGGAGACAUGAACGCUAGCAUACGAACGAACCUCGUUUACCCCUCGUUUGACCGUCUUACCGACGGUCGGUAACGAGUUAUUCGUUUAUCCUUCACCGGGAAGUCCCGGGACCACACGGCAGUACGCUGCACCAACGAAACUUAUCCCCAAGGAUCUUGAAGAAGACCGGAGUUUCCUAUCUUACGAGCGAGAGCUUCUCCAGUCGGAGUGUGACCUUCGGGGAGAAUCUGAAGAACCCUGAGGUGUUUCGUCGGUCACCAUGGAUCCUUGUUAGAGAACGCAAUUCCACGCGAAACGAGUUCUUAGGGCUAGGUUAUAAGGGAACUAUUCAAAACAGGGUGUACAUAGAGAGGAUUUACAGAUAUUUACUUAACUAUCGAUAAGCUUAAGCUUAAGAGAUUAACGAGAGACAGUAUGUGUGCGUGUGUGUAUGCUCGAAUGCGUGUGCCAGGCUUUGAAACAGAACGAGCAAGUCGUUGCUCGAAAGUACUGGCGGAUGAUGCCGCGGAUUUCCGGUACGCUGUUCGAAGUUACCCUCUUUUGUUUGUCUUAUUUAAGCUCGCUACUUCGAACCGUCAGACAUAGCAAUCGCUGUUUACCCGACUGAGAACGAUGUACAUACGGUCGGCCGUAAAACUAGCAAUCCCGCGAAUGAGGGAUGAAGCGUGAAAACACGAGGCAGUCGGGUAAACGCGAGGUAGCCUGAAUGUACGAGACGAUGAAGAGAAUGUUGCUGUCACACAUGUAUAUAGAAGAACGCGUACGCUCGUGCGUGAACAUGUGUACAUAAAUAGGUCGUAGGACAAGAUGGAUGUUCGUUCUUUUUAUUGUUUACUUCUCUUUUUUAUUGGUCACCCACCAUCGAGGAAACGACCAGGUGAUUGGCGAUUAGUCGCAUGCUGACCGAGCAACGGUCCGCUAGAGAGCAUAGUACUUGAAUUGUGUAGGUUGAACCGCGGAUGCGAAACAUAGUUUUACUUCGGAGAAUUUAAGGGGAAAUAUUGUAUAAGACGUUUUUGUGAAAUUUCGUUAUUGGGAAAAGGAUUUAGUUUAUUUGCUAUAAUUGUGACCAGGUGUAAUUUAAGGAAAUUUACUGCAAAUUGGUUAAAAGAUUAAACUGUGUAAAAUUAAUCUCUUCAAGGAUGUGUUCUUUUUAUAUGUAUUUGAAGUUUAUAUUCUGUUGUCUAUAAAAUUUGUAGUAAUGUGUAAUGUAUAACGUUGAAUUAUUUCUGUUUCUAAUUUUAAAAAUCAUCCUUGAAGAGGUUAAGUUAAAAGUUGUAAACAGAAUCUUGCACUUCUAAUAAAUGACAAAUUUAAAUUUUAAAUAAAUCAAAUUUUAAUAUCCUUAUAGAUUCAUUGAACUUUUUAGUCAAAAUUGAAUUUAUCAUAUUUUAAUAAAGUAUACCUUUUACCUAGAUGUAAUAUUAAAAUUGUAACAACGCUACAGGAUUUAAAAAUAGGACAAUGUUUUAAACCUGGAAAGUUUUAACGAUGCAAAAUGGACCCUUUGCACUCAGAAGUAUGUUUUAGCAACCCUAAAAUAUUUUGUUGAGAAACUUAAUGAAUUCUUUCUAAGUUUCUACUAAUGUGUUUCGUUGUGUAUUAUUAGCACCCUAGAUUUAAUUAAAAACUUAUUUCAUUUUGUUGAGUUGAAUGAGCUACCUUCUGAGUGCAAAGAGUUGAAAUUAAAACACUGUUCCAAACUUGAAAUUAGGACAAUGUUCCAAAACCUCAAAAUUGUAACAGUGCAAAACUAAAAUUGGGACAAUGUUCCAAAACUUGAAAACUGCAGUCCAGAAUUAAAAUUAAAACAAUGCUCCAGGAUUUAAAAAUGAUAACAUUGUAAAA